UCAGUAAAUAUUUCCAAUGCAAGUAUGACUUUAAAGUUGAAAUUGCACUCCUUAGAAUUAGAAGUAUAACCUAUACAUUCUGAUGGAGGAAGAUGGUGGUAAAAGAAUGAGAGGCAGAACUCGUGGUAGGGCACGUGGUAGAGCACGUCGUGCCAGAGGCAGAUCUAAAAAACAAGUGAAGGUUAUCGAAAGCGACGAAGAAGAUACUUCUCAACAAGUCGAAGAAACUCCAGUAGAAGCAGGUGGAGCAGAAUUGGAAGAACAUGAGGCACCACCGACGCAACAGCCUCCAUUGGAACAACAGUUCGAUCUGGAGGCUGAUAUAUCGCAACUGGAAGCUCCGACGUUCACAACUAUUAACAGAGGUCCUCCUGAACCAAUGCUCCGUUUAAGAUGGGACCAUAGAGUUAAUCUUAUCGGGGAAAAAGUUUUAAAUCCCAUGAUACACUGUUGCGACAAGUGCUUGAAGCCGAUUCUCAUCUAUGGACGCAUGAUACCUUGCAAACAUGUGUUUUGCUUGUCUUGUGCUAAGAGAGAAGACAAAGUUUGUCCUCGUUGUAUGGAAAAAGUUUCUAGAGUGGAACAAACAGGUUUGGGUACUGUCUUUAUGUGUACGCACGGAGGAACUAGAUAUGGAAAUGCAGGUUGCAGAAGAACAUAUCUUAGUCAAAGAGAUCUGCAGGCUCACAUAAAUCACCGGCAUAUCUCAGCUCCACCGCAACAAGUUCAAGAAAUACAAGUUGAUGCGUCUCAAUAUGUGCAUACUAAGUCAGAAAUCGAGUCUCAGUUAACAAAAGUUUCGUCGGUUGCGAUGCAAAAUACUCGUAUAAAGUCAGUGCAGUCACACAUGGUUCAACCAAUAAUGGGGAACGAUCCUAGAGUGAAUUCUAUGGUGAACCAGGCGCCAGUGGAACACAGACAACAGCAUAGGUCACAGUCAUUAAUAUCGAUGCAGAAUUAUUCUCAAGGUUCAGCGCCACCCCCCCCAAAUAACGCUCCAUUGAGAACAAAUCUGAUAACUGUACCCAUUCAAGAUACGUCUAUAACAACACACGACAUACAUUCGCAGCAAAGUCAUCAUUACUAUCCUCCUCCGCCGCAAGUUAAUUAUGGAGGAUAUAAUGUGCCACCUCCAGUUUCACAGACACAACAGUACUAUUCGCAGCCACAGCAUCCUGCUCAAGUAUCUUAUGUUCCACCACCUCAAUCGCAGCAACAACAAUACGUAUCUUCCACGCCUACUUCGAUAAGGCCAUCUCCGACAGGGUAUAUACAAGAUCAAUCGUAUGGUCCGCCACCGCCUCAGCAGCAAGCUCCACCACCUCAAAGUCAAUGGUCGCAACAUCAACAACAGUUUUAUAGGUAAAGGAAAUUUACCCUUUACUGUAAACAGACUUCUAUUGUAUACAUUGUGAUAUACAACUGUUAUGGAUGAUAUGCAGUAACUACGAAUGGGGUUAUGAAUACCAUUUCUGUGAAUGUGCUGCUUACUAUUAGGAGAAAUUAACUUUAAAAUAUUUUAUACUUUUCAAGAACUAUAUACGCAGAAUUAAAUGGCUAAACUUAUACAAUACUAUAGCAAUAAAGUUGUUUUAAUU